CAACACUGUUCUGGGGGUGAGGGCUGUAAUUCUCCUUGUACUUCCACUUCAUGUGUGUGAUGAUGGGGAGAACCUUCUGCAGACAAUGGUACCCAGGCUCAUUCUGUGAUGGUCUCCCUCCUUCCUCUGUCAUGCUUGUCUCUGAUUGAGCUGCAAUGCCAUCCUCCUCGUUCGUCCAGUCCAUAUCACUCUCACUACUCUCUGAGUUCUCCAUUUCUCCCG